AUAUGAAGUUACAGACUGUUCACACGACACACUUUCACACGGUUUCAAAUCAGCAGCAGCUCAGGACUUGAGAUCAAUAAAUACAAAUCAUUUAAUGCAUGUAAAUACUAACGUGUACAAGAGUGUUUCAGACAGGAUUGUCUGUUAAUGAAGAGAUGGACACAGCAGAGAAAAUAAUUAUUUUCUGUUUUCUGUUAGAAGGUGUUUGCUGUAGAGAUUUCAACAUCUAUCUGCCAGAGAAGAUUACAGCUCUCAGUGGAUCUUGUGUGAUCAUAAAGUGCAGAUUUGAGGUUAAAGAAGAAUGUGACAAAAACCUCACAGAGAGAGCUACAGGAGAGUGGUACAAAGAUGGGACUGAUGUGAACAAAAACGUAAUGUUUAACUCAAGCACAUCAAGCCGAAACUUCUUAAUUAGAGGAAAUAUAACUGGAAAAUUAAAAGAUAAGGACUGCACCACUGUAUUUUAUGACCUCAGAUCAAAUCACAGAGGUCAGUAUUUCUUCAGGAUUGAGAGUGAAGGUGGACUGAAACAUACCUAUAAACAAGCCAGUGUUUCAAUAGAUGUGAUUGAGUCUCCUCCCAAACCCCGAGUGCAGCUGUAUGUGGAGCAGAAGGAGGUGCAGGGUCAGGAGGAGGUGUUGGAGGUGUUGGAGGGGAGCUCUGUGAGUCUGCGCUGCUCUGCUGAGACUCUCUGCUCCUCUCCUCCACCAACUCUCACAUGGAGCUCCACUCCCAGAAUCCCCCUCAGUGAGAGCAGCAGACUACAGGAGCUCAUCUCUGAUCUGAACUUCACUGCUACUCACCGUGAGCACGGAGUCACUUUCACCUGCACUAUAACCUACCAGCUACAGGACAAGACCAAAACAGAACAGGACAGCAUCACACUACAUCUUCAGUAUUCACCCCAAAACACAACAGUGUCUGUGAUUCCCUCCAGCUCUGUGUUGGAGGGCAGUUCAGUGACUCUGAUCUGCAGCAGUGAUGCAAAUCCAGCAGUGAACUACACCUGGUCCAGAGAGAGUGAAGGACAGUUGAAGCAGCUGCAGACUGGAGACACUCUUACCUUCAAUAGGACCGACCCGACACACAGAGGCUGGUACCACUGUACAGCUCAGAACCAACACGGCAGCCAAAACUCAUCAGUGAUGCUGGACAUUCAGUGUUUGAAUCAUUUCUCUUUGCUGAUUGGAGUUGUUGUUGUGGCUCUGGUGGUCAUGUUGUUAAGCGCCAUUACAUGCAUCUGUGUACGAAAAGGGAAUGGGAAGCUUUCACAGACUACACAAGAAGGCACCAAGAGAAGUGAUCAAAGUACCAGUGAAGUCGCUCCACAUGAAAAUCAAGACGACCCUGUUUAUGUCAUGAUGUCAUCUGCUGAAGCCGCAGCAAAUCAAGACUCUGUCAUUUAUUCCCCCAUUGUCUUCACAAAAUCAGAAUCACAAGAGUUUGGUAGCCUCGCUUUGCUUGACUACGCUGUGAUGCAGGAUUGUUCUGAAGGGCUGUUAAAGACUGAGAGCUCAAUAGGAGAGUUUUCAAGAGCCAGAGAAGCACAGGUGAUUGUGAGUGCGAAUGUGCAAAAGAAACAAACAGAGGAAGAGAUGUUUGAAGACUCUUCUCAGAUUUACGCAAAAGUUAAACGCCGUAACCCAUAGAAAACUGGAGAGUUUGCCAUUCCUAUAUCAAUUGUUUUUCCAAAU